AACAACAAUGAGGUCGUCGUCCAUCAUGAGAGAGAACAAGAAUGCUUAGUUGAGAAAGAGAGAGCCUUGGGCGACGGUGAAGAGUAAAGGGGUAGUGUCACGCGUGUGUCACAGUCGCGUCACUUCACUGUUGUGACAGAGCGCGUUGACGUUGAACGCUUUCACCGCGACUGCAACUACUUGUGCCAAACAUGUCCUCUGGCACCCAACUUGUUCUUCAUGUAUGGCCGGAGCUGGAGGGUGCUUUAUCUCUAGACUCGCAAUGUAUUGCAGCGAUUCUAUAUCUCCAAUUGACCAUCCCUGGUCGGUUCUCAAUUGCUUAUUGCACUAAUCCCGAUGAGUCUCCAAGUGGUAGGACAGCUGCCGUACCUGACACAUGGGCUUCACACUGAAUCCGGCCUGUUGGCUAUUCAAAAAUUCGUUGAGAAAUUGGAUGGUGUCGUAAGCCCUGAUGCGGGUCUCUCUGGCGUGGAACGAGCACAGAACAUAGCUCGUGUUGCACAUGUAGAAUCGGAACUUGGGGACCUGGUGGCACACUGCCUAUUCUGCUUGAGGGCUAACUGGUACGGAUACACGCGAAAAACCUUGGUUUCCGAAUUACCUGUGCCUCAGAGGUAUUACUUGCCCGACCGACUGCGUCUUUCAUACAAACCCCGUCUGUUGGCUGCGGAGCUGUGGGACGUUCCUGAAAUAGAGGAAGAGGAUGUCAAGGCUCCAACGGGGUUCCAGAGACUCACCGGGAAGAGGCGAAGAGACAAAAAUUCCAAGGGCAAAUUCAAAUCGAUAUAUGCAAGGGAGAAGGUCUUGGAGCGUGCACAGGCCAUCCUUGAUGUGUACUCUAAGUUGCUUGGCACCAAACGUUUCUUCCAUCCCGACAGUGAACGGCCGUCAUCUUUGGACAUUAUAUUUGCAUCUCAUAUCCAACUACUUCAGCUACCCUUGUCCGACCCACUCUUUCAAACAUUGCUCACCGAACGUUAUCCAACACUGAUCACACACGCUAACCUCGUACACUCAACGGCAUUCCCCACUCCGGAAAGCUUCCCUCCACUUGCUGAGCGUGUGACGAGCACAUCUAUUUUAUCGUUGUUCCCGGUGUCAAGAAUAUUUCAGAAGAAGACAGCACAUCCUCCGACACCUGAAGAAAGAAAGUUUGCUCUCAUGCGCUGGGGCUUCUUCGGUGCGGCUGUUGGCGCCUUCGGCUUGUACAUGCAUGCGAUUGGAUUGUUUGCUGUCGUUGCUAAUACAUACAAUUCCUUGCGAGUUGUUAAAAGUGUGGACUCAGAGCACGAGGACGAGGAGGAGGAUGAAGACGAAAUCGUGGAACAUGAGUUAGAAGAAGAGGUUGACGAGGACGAUUCCGUUGGGCGCGAAGAAUGAAAAGGUUUCUUCACUUGCUAUUAUUUUUGACUAUGUUAUAUACUCAUGUUCCAAUCAUCGUGAAUAACUUGCAAAGCGGCAUCGUGUCUUUCUACAUUUGA